AGAGUUGGCCUUCAGGAUAACUCAGCUCCUUCCUUUGCUACUUGUGUGCCUGCCUUUUUUGGAUGGUUUAUUGUUUACUGAUCAUUUCUCCUCAACUUUCAUCCUCUUUCAAAGGUGACGGGAUUGGUGCUGUUCUCUUUCUGGAGAGAAAGACAUCCUUGGUCAUCUAAAGCAUUGCACUCUCUUCCUGAGAGAGGCAAUGGCCACAGCAGGGAACGACUCCUUCAUUGCCGAGGGAAUGACUCCGCCACAAAGGAUCCUCUUUCCCCCAGAGAAGAUUUGCAUGGUCUGGCAGCAAAGACAGAGUGCUGGAGCCGGACUCCGCAAUGUGGGCAACACAUGCUUCCUUAAUGCUGUCCUGCAAUGCCUGACAUACACCCCGCCGCUGGCCAACUAUCUGCUCUCCCGGGAGCACAGCCAGGCCUGUCGCCAACAAGGCUUCUGCAUGAUGUGCAUCAUGGAAGCGCAUGUUAACAAGGUCCUGCAUUCCUCAGUCAGUGCCAUCCUGCCUUUGGCUGUUCUCAGGGGUUUCAGAUUCAUAGGAGAACAUUUUCAGCUUGGCAGGGAGGAAGAUGCCCAUGACUUCUUAUGCUGUACUGUCAAUGCCAUGCAGAGAGCUUGUCUGAGUGCAAGCAACGACUUGGACAUAUCAUCUCAAUCUACUACCAUUGUCCAUCAAAUAUUUGGAGGCUUUCUGAGAUCCAGAGUCAUCUGCUUCAGCUGCAAAGCCAUUUCUGAUUCCUAUGAGGCCUUCCUGGAUGUCCCUUUGGAUAUCAAAGUAAGAGGUUUUGCAGUUGUGCCUCAAGACAUCGCAAGGCUUUUCAGAGUCAACACAUUUGUCCUGAAAGCAUAUACUGUGAACACAAGAGGUCUUGGUCGUGGAUGGGAAGGGGAACGGAUGUUGUCCUCCUGCAGAGGCCAUGACACUGGUCUCUCUGCAGCCUCAUCCCUCACUGCAGCUCUGGAGGACUUUGUAACACCUGAGCGCCUGGAUGGUGAAAACUGCUUUAAAUGUAGCAAGUGUGAGAAGAAUGUUGCCGCCACUAAGAGGUUCACUGUCCACUGUGCACCCAAGGUUCUCACAGUGUGUCUGAAGAGGUUUGACUGCUUCACUGGUGGGAAGAUCAGCAAGGUUGUAGAGUAUCCGGAGUACUUGGAUCUUCGCCCAUACAUGUCUCAGGCAGACGGAGAACCACUCCUCUACUCCUUAUAUGCUGUCCUGGUGCACAGUGGUGUCAGCUGUCAUGGAGGACACUAUUUCUGCUACACAAAGGCCAGCAAUGGAUUGUGGUACCGGAUGGACGAUGAAUCUGUGGAGCUGCGUUCCAUUGACACAGUUCUCAGGCAGCAAGCCUACCUGCUGUUCUAUGCCAGAUGCUCUGAUCUGAGAACUGGAGAAAGGGCUUCUUCCUCACUGGCACCAUCACAUGCCCCUUCCUUCCUCAGUCAGUGUGUGGCCAGCAGCAAGCAGGCGGGUUCUGUUGGACCACAGGGUCUGACUGGUAGGACUAAGGGCAUGAAGUACACUGGCAGGGAGCGGUCCCGGAGCAGAUCCCCUCUGUGGGGCAGGGAUCUCCGCAGCUGGUCUGUGGACACCACAGACUAUGAUGACUCUUCAGAGAGAAGAACUGGUCCUCCAAGUUGUGACCGUGGUCCUAGGGAUAGCACAGUUGCAAGGCCUUCCAAGAGGAUCUGCCAGUGGGCUCCUGCUCCCAGGGCUGCUCAGGAGCAAACCUUGCUGAGGCAGAGGGAGCCAAGCAGAUCUGUGCGGGGAACUUACAACCUUCGCAGCCGGUUUGUGCAGUACACAGACUAUGACCGCUCACUGAGGAAGAGAAGGAGGGAGAGAACAAGUCCUCCACGUUGUGACCAAGUCUUAGUGAAUACUGCAGUUCCAGGGCUCUCCAAAACCAGUUCCAAGCAGGUUCUCAUGCUCAGGGCUGCUCAGGAGCAAACCCGACAGAGGCAGAGAGAGCAGAGAGGAUCAGCAUGGCGGGGCUAUGAUUGCCACAGCCAGUUUGUGCAGUACACAGACUACCGCCCUUCAGAGAAGAAGAGGAGGGUUUCCAAGCCCCAGAGAUUCACAUCAGACAAGCAUUCAGGGCACUCUGGGAAUGAUGGCGUUGGAUUAUGGCCCUGGCUCAAGCAGAACGGAAGACUAGCACUGCGUUUAUUAGCGAAGGCAUCCUUGUUUUCGACACGCCUUCUCAGACAUGAGUGAAUGAUUUAUCUAAGUAGAUGAUAGUUAUAAUAAUAUAGAAAUAUUAUUAGAAAUAGAGAAAUAUAUAUAGAAAUAUAGAAUAUA